AUGCGGCUCAAACAUUUCCUAGCCAUUUUUGGCUCUGCUCUCAUAGCAGCCGCCUACUCCACGCCCGGCGCCUACGAGCGACUCUUGUACUACUAUGCCUACAAGCUGGACAACAUGGGCGGCGGCAGAACCAUUGCAGGCGGGUGCAAGCCGGGUGGUGUCUGCAGCUUUGACGAAUUUGUCCACUUCAUCGAGGGCCGCGGGCCCGGCGAUGCCAAAGCCACGAUCACGUCUGAAGAGUUCCCCCCAAUCGAGCCAACCGUCGAGCUGCUUGUCAAGGCAGGCAAGACGGGCACGAUAGCAGAGUCCCGCAUCAUAAGCAACGCAAAGGAUUACCCAGACCUCUUCAAGAAGCUGGGGACCAAUCUCUCCGGCAUCCUGCAAAAGACGCAGGGAUUCAAGCACAGCAAGCUCACGGGGCAGGCGCUCGAAGACACGCUCCGGGAAGUCAGAGCAAACAUUAUGCUCUCUAUGAAACGCGUGUUCGACGGCCGUAUGCGGGCCACGAUUGACAGCUUCAAGCCGUACGCAGAUUUCAAAGUGAUCACCAAGGGGGCCACGGCCAUCGACUUUGACCAAACCGUCGCCGAAAGCAAGGGCGGCAUUACAAAAGAGAAGCUCCAGGAACUUUGGGACCAACACCUCGACGGCCGGCAGGUUACGGAAAACAUCGUGGCCGAGUUCAAACCCCUGGCCGACUACACGCCUACUAUCAGGGAAAAUGCCGAGGGGCAGAUAGACAUGGGGGAGACCUUCAGAACCGCCGUUAGGGAGAAUCCUUGGAUGAAGGCGUCUUGGUUCAGAAAGAAACAUAUAAAAAGUGUCCAGGGCAACCACCAAACAAACCUCCAGGAGCUCAAGACGGCGAUUGAAAGCAUUGAGCCAAUCGUGUGUGCCAGGGGCGAAGCUCGCAAGCGAGAGGUCGCAAGACUGGACAAGCGGCAGGGCGUCAAUGCUUGCUUCCCCUGGGAAUCCCCCGAGAUCAAGGAAAUUAUAGACCUCCCACCGGUUACGGAAGGGUCCGAAGGCGUGAUCGAUGCCGAGAUUCUUGCGACUGGCCGCUUCGCCGAAAGGGCCAACAGGGCCAACCAGGUGUCGGCGGAGGAGUUUGAAAAGGCCAUUGGAGAGCGCCUGCCCAAGAUACCAGACUCGUGGUUGAAGAACGGGGUCAAGACGUUCCACGAGGCUCGAGAGCAGAUCGGAUACAAGCCCAUGGAGCCGACCUCGUCGGACCUGGUCCCCGGCCGCGGCGGAAAGCUCUCUAGCGCUUUCGGAAAGCUGGCCGGAGCGGUCGGGGGUGCCCUGUGGGUGAAUGGCAUCGUCCAGGCCUUCCGGACGAACAGCACCGACUUGGACAAGGCCGCCGCCUUCACAGCCAUCAUCCCCUUUGUAGGUUGUGCCGUCACCGCGGCCGCCGGCGCAGAGAAGGGCCACGAUAUCGAUCUCGACAUAAUAGACACCGUCUUGUGCGGCAUCGCGGAUGCCCUCCUUUUCGGUCCCUUGGCCCCGUUUGGCCUCGCGCUUCACUUUGUCCGAGCCGUCAUGAGCUUCUUCCCCCAUCCUCCCGCGCCGCCGACCUUGGAGGAGAUGUGGGAGAGGCGCGAUGAUUCCUGGAAUGAGGUGCUUAGCAGAGUGUACGGAACCGUCUACUCGAACAGUCGCACAGACCCAACGCAGUCUUUUGCCGCCAAGUUGGAGAGCGUCUUUGCCAUUGAUACCGUGAGCGUGCUGUCCGAGGCCGCUGGGAGAAUUGGCGCGUUGAAUGCGAGUGGCUCGCCCGAUCUCUUCCAUUCCAGUGCGUUGGGCGAGGGAGAGACAGUCGACCUGGCCGCGCUCGAAAACGGAACCCUGCAGGCUAUUCACAAGAUCCAAGCAGAUAAGUGGAAUGUGGUUUCGCGCCGGCAGCGCGAGUUCCUCCUGGACAUCACGGAAGAGUUUGCGAAUGGCACAGCCUUCUCGCUGUCAGAGCUGGCCAAGAAGGUCAAUGAUGAAUUUAUCGAGCACAUUAAUUCAGACAAGUUUAUCGAGAAUUUCCGCGAUCAAAGCGGACUGGACGAUGGUUUUGACAUUGCGUUCGGCGGCGGUCCAUCCGUCAAACCCAAUGACCAUUACUCCAGGGCUCGCGCGCAGAUGAAGGAGGUUGGCAAACGUCUCAACGAGUCCCUUCCACCACUGCCACAGGCGUUAAAUGUUGCCUUUGUCCUCGGCCAGUCCAAGGGAAUGAGGUUUGCUCAGAAUGAGACGCUGGAUCUGCGCUCUUACUUUAACACGGAGAUAAGGGAGGCAUUGACCGAGGACAUACCGGGUCUUUACCGAGACUUCAUCCUUAUCCGGCAGACGCACCAGACUGCACUAUUCCUCCAGGGUCGUCUCAAGGAAGAGGAGUUUGAUGAUUCUGUUUUCCCCGUUGAUAAUCCCGAUUUGCUCAAGGGACUUCGACUCCUUGCUGCUAUGAAGAUUGGCAAGAUACACGAAGACGAAAAGAUGAAGGCUCUGGACAAGGCUUACGGCAGAGACCCCAUGGGUCGUCACCCUACCGCACCCCCGGAGUUUACGAAUCUGUCCAUUCCUCCCUUUUCGGCCCUAGAAUCCCGAAAUCAUAAACUUCUCGUAACUCUGGCCAUCGGGCUCUUGGAGGUCGUUCGCGACAGUCAAUUGAACGACGAUGUGACGCAACAUCUGAGGGACAGCGUGUCGGAAAUCCGGUUAAAGAACUGGGAAGCAAUGCAACAGAAGAUGAAGAAAAUGCAGGAAGUUGUGAAUAAGAUUUCCCAGCGACAAGUCACCAGCCCCCCUACACCUGAAGAGUUCCUGAAUAAGCACAUGAAGAGUUGUGUGGAGGAGAAUGGGUCGAGGACAGAAAUCUGCAAAUUCGUUGUCGAGGGUUGCUACUAUAUCGAGGACACGUCGGAGGAAUUUGCGUCUGAUUGCAUACGUGGUGCGUUCCUGCCCGACCGGGAAGCCCGGCAAAAGAUAAGAGACCGGCAAGAGGAACUGUGUAAGAAGUUCCCCAGCCGUCGCAGGUGUGCCCACGUCAUGGUAGCUUGCGCCAGGGGGAGGCCCCUGGCCAGAUUCGAAGUCGUCUGGGCGUGCGCAGACAAGGCUAUCUCCAAGACGGACGGGGCGGAUGCGGCUGCGACGGAGGGAAGCACGAGCUGA